AACGCCAGUACUGGGGCUCAGACCUGCAGCUUCCUGAAAUGCCUUUUGAAGAAGUCAUGUACAAUGACGAAAGCACGUACAAGUGGCUGUGCACCCUAAAGAAAGUAGGAAUCGUGCUACUAACAGGAGCUGCUACUAGGCAGGGAGAGUUGGUUAAACUUGGCCACAGGAUUGGGUUCCUGCGUCUCACUUUUUAUGGACCAACUUGGCAAGUGCAAGACAAAGUAGAUGCUAACAAUGUGGCUUACACAACUGGGAAGCUAUGUUUUCACACCGAUUACCCUGUUCUGCAGCAUCCACCUGGGGUUCAGUUUCUCCACUGUAUAAAGCAAACAGCUGCAGGAGGUGAAAGUGAAGCUGUAGAUGGAUUUCACGUAUCCAACAAGCUGAAGAAACAAAACCCUCAAGCGUAUCAGAUCCUGUCCUCUACUGCUGUAGACUAUACAGAUGUUGGGGUGGACUACUGUGAUUUUGCUGUGCAAUGUAAACAAAGGAUUAUAGAUGUGGAUUCCAGAGGCCAAGCAAUUCGCAUCAAUUAUAAUAAUGCAACAAGAGACACAGUGUUUGACAUACCAGCUGAAAAAGUGAGGCCAUUUUAUGCAGCUCUAAAGGAAUUUGAUGAUUUAUUAAACAGCACAGAACACAAGUUUACUUAUAAGCUGAAACCAGGUGACAUAGUGACGUUUGAUAACUGGCGCGUGCUUCAUGGUCGCCAGAGCUACCAGUCGGGGUCAGAAGUGACUCGUCACCUGGAAGGUGCCUAUGCAGACUGGGAUGUGGUCAUGUCAAGGCUCCGGCUCCUCAGGAAAAAGGUCCUGAAUAGGGACUGAGCUUUCUUCUAACUAGAAUGAGCAAACCCUAGAUUGUCUAACCUCAAAAAAAAAAAACCAAAAAAA